AGCUUAUCGGCGUGCAUAAGGGGACAGCUCACUAGUGAGGAACCAGGCAGAGAGGAGGCUAGAUCUGACAUCUGCAUGCACCAACACAGAGGUGACACCAACCAUGGACGAUUCUGAACCAAAUUCAACUACAUUAGACUAUGGAGAUUACUAUGAUUCCACCGCAGACUAUUCUCCGUGCAAUAACAGCAAUGUGAGAGACUUUGGAAAGGUGUUCUUGCCGACGCUCUAUACUUUAGUUUUCAUCACUGGCUUCAUAGGUAAUGGCCUGGUGGCGUUUGUCCUGAUGAAAAACCACAACCUGACCAAUCUGACGGAUAUCUGCCUGCUCAACCUGUCUAUCGCCGACCUGCUCUUCGUAAUCUCACUUCCAUUCCUCGCCCACUAUGCCGCUGCUGCUGAAUGGGUCUUCGGAGACUUCCUGUGCCGUUUUGUUACCAGUAUCUUCACCCUGGGAUUUUACAAUAGCACCUUCAUCAUGGUUGUCAUGACGCUGGAUCGCUAUGUGGUCAUCGUCCACGCUCACACAUUGGCACACCAUCGCACAUUGAGGGUAGGAAUGGCUUUGACCGUGUUCGUGUGGCUGCUGAGCAUGUGCAUCUCCCUUCCCUACAUGAUCUUCACACAGGUGAGAAAUGAUUCGAGUGUGUUGAGGUGUGAUUACUACACUGACAGCCAAGGCUGGAAGGAUUUCAACAUCCUAGCAAUGAACAUCUUUGGUCUCCUGCUUCCUCUGCUGAUAAUGGUAGCUUGCUACUCUCGGAUCAUCUGCACUUUGGUGGGGAUGCGAAGCACCAAGAGGCACCGCUCUAUCAAGUUGAUCAUCAUCAUCGUGGUCAUAUUUUUUUUGUUCUGGGCCCCGUAUAACAUCACCCUGUUCUUGACUUUUCUGCAGUCAGGAAAACUGCUUGGAAAUUAUUGCCAAAGGGAAGAAGCCAUUAGCUUCUCAAUACAAGUGACUGAGACUAUUGCAUUUACUCACUGCUGUCUGAACCCCAUCAUAUAUGCCUUUGUAGGACAGAAGUUCAUGCGGCGUGUGCAGAGGCUGCUGAGGAAUUGGUUUCCUUGUUGUUCCCUUCUCUCCUCCAGAGAUAUGUCAGAGAGCUCAGCCAGAAGCUCAGUUAUGUCUAGACCCUCUGAUGUCACCUCUACUGUCGUCCUCUAGAUAGAUGGUAGGUCUCAAUGUUUCACAGGGAAUGAUGAAGUAUAACUCUACCGUGACCAACGUUAGCGUUUUGUUUUUUUUUUUGUUUUUUUCAGUUUUGAUCACUGCCCACCAUGUCAUUAAUUUUGCAUGAAAUGUUUGGUAUUUUGUUGUCGUUGUUGCAUUUCCUGCUCUCAGUUCCACCUGAAGGCAGCAUUGCUGCACCUGAGCUGUAACACAUCUCAGAAUGUUGCUAAUGUAUUUCUAGCCUUAAGAGAUAGGGCUUUUUUUAUUUCUGGAGCCAUAAAGUGACAGAUCUUAGCUCCUCUAUUCUCAAACACUUUUUCAACAAACGGUAAUACAUCGUGUCACUCUAAAUAAGCCCUAAGAAGAGGAACCAAGUAUGUGCACAUCCAGGAAAAAUUAUUAAUGUGCAAGACAAACAUUGUGAAACUAGAACAAAAGAGUAAGGUCUGCACACUGAAAUGCCCCCAAAACGAAUUUAUUCGGCAGCAAUGUUUCAGUCAAUCAGAUCGAAGUGCUGAGGAAGAGCUCCAUCCAUCCAUUGUCCAAAUCACUUGUCCUGCUCUCAGGGUCAUGGGGAUGCUGGAGCCUAUCCCAGCAGUCAUUGGACAGCUGAGGAAAAUAUGACUGAUCGAAAUUUUGUCACAGAAUAAAUUAGUUUUGGGAGCAUUUCAGUGUGCAGACCUUACUCCUUUACCCUAAACAAGCCCCCAGCAUAAAGAUGCUUUUUGAAUCUUGAUGCUGAUUUUUUUUCAGUUUCUCUCCCUUGCUUGGUGGAACAGUGAAGAUACGGGGUUGCUUGACCGAAGAUUGCAUGUUUUGACUGGAACCUCACAACUCAGCUUUUUAACAGGCUAACCGCAGCAUUUCUGUAUGUAGCUAACACGUUUAAAAAUAUCACAUUCCUGAUAUUAGUUUCAUAUAUUUGGGGACUGAGCUAGCAGUUUGAUGAUAUGAGAUGGAAUAGACAUUUAUCUUAAAACAGUAGUUGCAACCUAAUUGUCUCUUUGUACAUAUGAUUUCAUUACUUCUUACUAUAGCAAAAGUUGAGAAUUUUUUUUAUAUACUACGCUUUAAACUGUAACCGGUUAAAAUGUAUGUUAUCUUCAUCAAUGUUUUUGUGCUUUGACAAUAUUUUAAGCAAACAACUUUUUGUUUGCACAUAUCUCAGUUCUGCAGAGGUUCAACAUUGUAUGCACACUCAAAUGGCAUCACAUCCCACUGAUUCAGUUCCAACUUAAGCUUAAAUAUUAAAUAAACACCUUUUC